AUGUACUUACGCUUCAUACAUAGCCACGGAGUCUUGGAUAACAUUGCAACUAAGGAUAAGCUGAACACUACUGCAGGCUCUUAUGCACUUCUUGGCUCAGUGGUGCCAAGAGAUGCAGGUGUGGUUACCAAGUUAAGGAAAGCUGGGGCUAUCAUAUUAGGGAAAGCCACAUUGAGUGAGUGGUCACAUUACAGGUCUGCUGCUGCUCCUAGUGGUUGGAGUGCCCGAGGUGGACAAGGAAAGAAUCCAUAUACAUUGGGUUUUCCCUGUGGUUCAAGUAGUGGAUCAGCUAUAUCUGUGGCGGCAAAUUUGGUGACUGUAUCACUUGGUACCAAAACCGAUGGAUCCAUUUUAUGUCCUUCAAAUUUUAACUCAGUAGUAGGCAUUAAACCCACAGUUGGUCUCACUAGUAGAGCAGGUGUAGUUCCAAUUAGUCCAAGGCAGGACACUAUUGGGCCAAUUUGCAGGACAGUAUCAGAUGCUGCUUAUGUUCUUGAAACCAUAGCUGGCAUUGAUACUGUUGAUAAAGCAACAAUUGAAGCAUCAAAGUAUAUCCCAAAAGGUGGCUAUGCUCAAUUUCUUAAGAAAGAUGGACUACGAGGGAAGAGAUUAGGAGUAGUGAGACUAUUCUACAAUUUCGGAAAUGACACUUUUAUGCAUGAAACUUUCAAGUUACGCCUAAAAACAUUAAGGCAAAGAGGUGCAGUUUUGGUCGACAAUUUGAAGAUUGAUGACAUUGAUGACAUUAUCGUUGCUCAAAGUGAAAUUAUCGCUUUGAAUUUUGAAUUCAAAUUGUCUUUGAAUGCAUACCUGAAAGACUUAAUUGCUUCACCAGUGAAAAGCUUGGCAGUUCACUUUUGGGCACCUACGUUUAAGUGGGGCAUCAGCAUUGCCAAUAUUGCUGAUUUUUCAAAACCACCUGACAUGAUCUCUUAUCCUCAACAAAUAGCUGUUAUGGCUACUGGACUAAUCUGGGCGAAUUACAGCACUGUAAUCACUCCACCUCCCUAUGUAUUCACUCAAGCCAAAUGCAAGUUCAGUAGAACUUAUGAAGAAAAUCAAAGGGAAAGGGAGGAAAGUGUGAAACCCGAACCUGCUCGUAAUGAGACCUGUAGUGCAUCAUCCACACACCAGCAUCAUGUGCUUCAUGUUACGACCACUAUAGACCUUUACAUUCAUACCAAAAAGCCAAGUCAAUACAAGCAAUCAUGCCAAAGUAGCCUAUGUUCACACAAGUUACUCAAUACAUGA